AAAAAGAAAAAGAAUGUUAAACAUACGAUGAGUGAUCGAAGCAAACCCAGGAAACCGAAAAAACAAGGGCGAUCUUCUUUUCCUUCUCCAUCUUCAACGUCAUCUUCUUCCUCUUUCUCUUCUCUUCUUCCAUUAUCUUCAUCAUCUUCAGAUGGAGAAAACUUAACCUUAAAGAACACAUCAUUCUUAAUCUAUCAGAUAAAUUCAAAAAUGGGUAGAAAAUCUCCCUGUCUUAAACCAACCCUAGUCACAAUUCUUACCUUUGUAGCUCUAUAUGCAUUCUUCAAUACUUUUCUUACACCUAUAAACCCUAAUCCCUUAUCAUUUGAAUCUUCAUCAAAUUCACCUUUCUCAAUCUUAUCUUCUUCUUCUUCAUUUAAUUCUCCUCCUCCUGUUAAAGUUUAUUUAUACGAUCUGCCGAGAAAAUUUACUUAUGGUGUUGUUGAGAGUUAUCUUAAAGCUCGUGAUCCGUCCAUUACAGUUCCUAUUGAUGAUGUUUUGAAUCUCAAGUAUCCAGGGAAUCAACAUUCUGCGGAAUGGUGGUUAUUCUCGGAUUUGAUUAAGGAAGAUCGGUACGGUUCUCCGAUUGUUAGGGUUUUGGAUCCAGAAGAUGCUGAUUUGUUUUAUGUACCAUUCUUUUCGUCUUUGAGUCUGGUUGCCAAUCCAAUUAGACCAGUUAGUGGUGUCAAUGUGAAUAGUAAUGUCGGUGGUAGUGUUUACAGUGAUGAAGAAAUGCAACAAAGUUUGAUGGAAUGGUUAGAAGAACAAAUUUAUUGGAAGAGGAAUAAUGGGUGGGAUCAUGUUUUUAUAUGUCAAGAUCCAAAUGCACUCUAUAAAGUUAUUGAUAGGAUUAAGAAUGGGAUUUUGUUAGUUUCAGAUUUUGGAAGAUUAACAAGGGAUCAGGCUUCUUUGGUUAAAGAUGUUAUUUUACCUUAUUCUCAUCGGAUUAAUCCUUUUAAAGGUGAAAUUGGUGUGGAGGGGAGGAAUUCACUGUUGUUCUUCAUGGGAAAUCGGUAUCGAAAGGAGGGUGGCAAAGUUCGUGACCUCCUUUUCCAAGUGCUUGAAAGUGAGGAAGAUGUCAUUAUAAAACAUGGUGCACAGUCCAGGGAAAGUCGACGUAUGGCAACACAAGGGAUGCAUUCUUCAAAGUUCUGCUUACAUCCUGCUGGAGAUACACCCUCAGCCUGCAGACUGUUUGAUGCCAUAGUCAGCUUGUGCAUUCCAGUGAUUGUCAGUGACCAGAUUGAGUUGCCCUUUGAAGAUGCAAUAGACUACAAAAAAAUUGCUAUCUUUGUAGACUCUGACACUGCAGUAAAACCAGGUCAUCUUACUAAAAUGUUAAGAAAAAUAAGAACCGAGAAGAUUCUGGAAUACCAGCGAGAGCUUAAAGAGGUAAAGAGAUACUUUGAGUAUGAUGAUCCAAAUGGAACAGUGAAUGAGAUAUGGCGCCAAGUUACUCUGAAGCUUCCCCUAGUAAAACUGAUGAUUAAUCGUGACAAGCGUCUUGUAAGAAGGGAGCUAAGUGAACCAGACUGCUCUUGUCUUUGUUCCAACAAGACAGGGGCCCGACCCACAUUCUGAUAUUUUAAAAAAUCAAUGAACAAGCACCAGUUUACUUAGUGUAGAGCUUUAAGUAUAGUCAUUCAAUAGUAGCAGAAGUUCUAAUCCUCUCUCGUCCAAUACAUUAUGACCAGAUCAAGAUUUGGAGAUUAUUAGGUAUCCAAUGAUACGAAUACACAACCUUAAUUCUUCUUCAUCGAGCCACCAGAAUAUGCAGCACGUUUCUCAUGUUUCAUUGCAGGGUAUAAUUGCAGUUUCCUUGAUUUUGAUAUACAACAAAAUAAGGGUUCGUCUCUGUUUUCCCCCAGGCACAUAAGGGUUCAUGUCUGUUUUCCCCCAGGCACUUCCCAUAGAUAUUGAAGGCACUCCUGUUUUCUUUUUAGUUUUUCGUUAUAAAAUAGAUCUUUUACUUUCUGUAUUAUUAGUUUCCAGGUUUUUUGUUAGUGUAAUUCACAGAGAAGGCUGACUUUAGCAACAGAUGGAGAAUGAGAUUGUUUGUUGUAAUAUAGUCUUUGUAUAGGCUAGAUGAUAAACCGAGAUAAACGAUAAGAAUAUAGAUGAUAUUAUUGAUUUUGCAUCAGUUUAUUAGUUGAUUUUGGUCCA